UCCCACAAUCUGCUGUAGGGGACAUGGACCUGUCUAAAAGUCUCAAACAUGUUAAGAGCUUGCACUUGUACAAGAAGCGCAGCACAAUUUUCCGACCAAAUAUCCUUGUGUUUGCUAUCAUCUAUGUCUCAGUUGUUGGGAUUUAUUUCAAGGUGUUCGGUGUAAUUGAUUCAUGCGUAUUCGCGCUUUUGGCAGUGGUAGCUGCUCUCAACUUGAUCAGUUUCCUGUUUGUCUAUUGGUCAAUUGAGUGGGCAACAUUGAUGAAUUAUUCUUCGUCUGAUAUUCAAAAUGCCGGCUUUGUCAAGGUUGUCCCAGAAAACCCUCAAAAGGGCAAAAAGGAACUUGUGCCGCUGAUAAGAGACAAAAACGACGUACUUUUUUACUACCAAAAACAGAAAUAUGUGUUCGACUUUGGGGAACAUACGUUCAUAAAAAUAACAUCUCCUGUUUCGUUAAGUCUUUGUACAUAUCUUGAUUCAGAAGGACAUCAAAGUCAAUCAGCCGUCGAAGAGGCACUCCGAAAAUAUGGAAAAAACGUUUUUGAUAUUCCAUUACCUAGUUUUUGGGAGCUCUAUUUGGAGCAGCUAUUAGCCCCCUUCUUCGUUUUCCAAGUAUUUUGCGUCGCACUUUGGUGCCUCGACGACUACGUCUACUAUUCAGUAUUCAUAUUGUGUAUGCUGACCCUAUUCGAAGCUCUAACUGCCAAGACACGGCUCAAUAACGUCUUGGUAUUUCGUGGCAUGAAAAUUCUGGAAAGACCUGUUUCAGUGUAUAGAAACAACACUUGGAAAAAAAUUUUAAGUGGUGAUUUAGUUCCUGGAGAUUUAUGCAUAAUUUUGGGCAAUAGCGGACAGCAAGUGAUCCCCUGCGACAUGCUUUUGCUUUCAGGUGGUUGCAUCACAAAUGAGGCCAUGUUAACAGGCGAAUCAACACCGCAAAUGAAAACCUCGAUUCAAAGCCUUGGCGACGAUGAAUUACAAUGCCCACUAAGUUUAAUGAAACACAAGCAUCACAUUGUCUUCGGCGGUACGAGUAUACUCCAACAUUCGAAUCCAGAACACCAAGAUAGAAAAAAUCUGGUCAAGGAUGGGUGCCUAGGUUAUGUCCUUCGUACCGGGUUCAAUACCUCUCAGGGAAAAAUCGUACGUACCAUCCUCUACUCUUCGGAACGAGUGACCCAAAACAAUCGCGAAAUGUUUUUCUUCAUCUGCAUGCUUCUCUUCUUCGCGCUUUGCUCUUCAUUCUACGUCCUUAAAACGGGCCUUGCGGACCCCUUGCGCAAACGCUGGAAGCUCUUCUUAGAAUGCGCAAUGAUCAUCACCAGUGUCGUUCCACCGGAGCUGCCGAUGGAGCUAUCUCUCGCCAUCAAUACGGCAAUGCUCAGCUUGGCUCGAGAAAGCGUUUUCUGUAUAGAACCCUUUCGAAUUCUGUACUCUGGGAAAGCUGAUUACUGCGCCUUUGACAAAACAGGAACAUUGACAUGCGAAAACCUGACUAUGAAAGGCUUUGUGCAAAUUGACGAACCAUUGCUCAGAUCACUAUCAGCAGCCAGAAAAGAUCUUGAAGCGGGCGAGCAAAAGUUUACAGCAGAAAGCAAUGCUGGUUCGCAAUCCUUAUCCGUACAAAAGCAGCCUAGAAGUCGUAAUUUCAAGAACAACAAAUCCAGUUUUAAAGCGCUAUCAAAACCCGCUGUACAGAAAGUGUCCACGCACUCGGCCCAUGCAACAGGCGUUCUAGAUUAUGUUGCAUACACAAAGGUCGCCGAUAUUCCAUUGAACUCGUUAUUCGUCAUAAUGGGCUGCCAUUCUCUGGACAUAUUGAACGACAACAUCAUUGGGGACCCACUCGAGAUUACUGCCGUCAAAUACAUUAGCUGCAGCGUACACAACGGACAUAUGACGACCUUGCCCAAACGGCAAAUAACGGUCAAAAUACACCGUCAUUUUCAUUUCGAUUCGUCCAUCAAAUCCAUGGCCACCAUCGUCUCCGCAUCGCGCGGCAACGAAUUGAAAGUCUUGGUUAAGGGCGCAGCUGAGGUUGUUCAGUCUUACCUCUCCUCGGUUCCCAAGAAUUACGAAUAUGUAUACAAGACAUUGACUUUUUUCGGCGGGCGCGUCAUUGCACUGGCAUGGAAAGACUUACCAAGCACGGCCAUGGAUAGCAUCAAAACAAUGGAUCGUAAAAGUGUAGAAAGUGAACUGACCUUCGCUGGAUUCUUGGUCUUCGAUUGUCCACUCAAGCACGACUCAUACGAGGCAAUCUCGGUUUUAAACAACUCCGGCCACCAAACCGUCAUGAUCACCGGAGAUGCUGCACUUACUGCAUGCGAAGUGUCGCGUAGACUACACAUUGUCAACAAGCCUGUACUCAUACUACAGAAAAACCAAAAUGAAGACACCAUGACGUGGGUCUCAAACGAUGAAAAACAGUCCUUCGAAUUUCAAGUAGACCAAGUUUCUGAUCUCGCCAAAGAAUUCGACCUGUGCAUAACAGGCUCAGCAAUCCGUCAGCUCUUUUUACUGCCCAAUUCGGAAAAUUUUAUCUCUCACAUUCGUAUUUUCGCACGCGCUUCUCCAGAAGACAAGACGCAGAUCAUCAUUCUGGCUAAAAAAGCCGGCUUCACAACUUUGAUGUGCGGUGAUGGAACCAACGACACCGGAGCCCUUAAAAAGGCUCAUGUUGGUAUCGCUCUGCUGUUAAACGCAAAUGACCCCCGCCUACAAAACCUUGGUAGGAACAAUCUCUUUUCGAAGUCUGAUACUCACACUUUGACUGGCCAGAGGUCUAAAAAUGAAAAACUCAACAAAGUAAUGAAAAAACUCGAAACGGAUCUCAACGAGUCGACUAUCGUACAACUCGGAGAUGCGUCGAUCGCCGCCUCAUUCACAUCUAAAGGUGCUUCUAUAUUACCUGUUCUCAGCAUCAUCCGACAGGGUCGUUGUACACUCGUAACAGCGAUGCAAAUGUUCAAAAUUCUUGCCUUAAACAGUCUAAUCAACGCCUAUGGACUCAGCGUGCUAUACUUGGAUGGAAUCAAGUAUGGCGAUAUACAAAUAACAAUUUCAGCUCUUACGACGACGAUGUGUUUCUUCAGUAUCUCUCGCUCUAAGCCACUAAAAGAGAUAUCCAGUGAACGUCCAGUAUCAAAGAUUUUCUGCCCCUACAUGCUUUGCUCUGUCCUAGGACAGUCUGCCAUACACUUGAUAUCUCUUAUUUUUGUAGUUAGUCAGAGCCAAACCAUCCCCAAACCAGCACCCGACGCAGCGUUCGAGCCAAAUCUGGUCAAUAGUAGUGUUUUUUUGAUUAGCAGCUCACAGCAACUGAUGACAUUCCUCAUUAAUUACCAGGGAUAUCCAUUUAUGCAGAGCAUCUAUGAAAACAAAACAUUUUUCUAUACCAUCAUCUGUAUGGCAAGCAUCAUCAUCAUAUCGGCGACACAACUAAUUCCAGAAUUUAAUACUAGCUUCGAGCUCGUACCAUUUACCCCGAGGUUUUCUAUCAUGUUAAUUCUCAUGAUCCUCAUAGAAUUUUUUUGCACUUGGCUUCUAGAAUUAGGGUGCAAAAAAUGGCUGAAAUGAAAUGCAUUAUUGUUUUUGCGCAGAAGAGGAACGAGUUAUACUAUUUGUUAUUCCAUCAUCAAA